UUUGCGAACUUGAAGAUUUUGAGACGAGAUAAAAGUUUUGGUAUAAGAACAUCAGAACUUUGGAAUUCGAAGACUCAGAAAAAAUAUAUAGUGACUAAACUUGGGCAAUUUAGAAACUUAGAAGCUUAGGGAACCGAACAAUUGUGACCACAUGUUCAAAGAACUACUUUGCACCUGACCAAUCGAUUCGCAAGCGUUUAAGACAGUUACAUGCUUGUAGUCUAUAGAUUGCAUGCUUGUCAAGUCGUAUCGAUUCCUCGAAAACACAUAAUAUGGGCAAGUUUUCAGAACGAUACAUAAUUCAUUCGCGCACCAAGCUGAAAUAGGUCAAAUCGAAGGUCUCGCAUACUUUCACUGCUUCGUACUAUUUCAGAUUUAUCGUCCAUUUGUCGUUGCGAAACGUUCUGUCAUUUUUCAAGUAGCAUUUUUACAACAAAAGAUUCUCGGGAUUCCAUUCGGCGCCAGCCUUUAUCGAUUAAGGAGACGGUAUUUCUUUUUUUGUUAAAUGCAUCCAGUUCAACGUGUAUCGAAACACGUGGAACAACACCUGUUUCGAGGCGUUCCAAUAUAAAUGCAUGGGUAUCGCAUAACGCGAACGAUUCAACUUCGCAUCGAUCGUUUGUUCGAUCGCGAACUGUCAUCAGCUGCAGAGUUCACGGUCGAUCACUUCCUCGUGCGUCUGCGAUUAGACCACCGGAACACUUUCGGAAAAUCUAGCAUAAAUUUUCAAUGUAAAUGCUAGCCAAUUCGCCGAUAAAUGCCGCCGUCGCACGAUGAGCCAACCAAACCGUCCCGCGUCAUCACGGAGAAAACUGACAAAAUGCUCUUCAACCUCUACCCCGAAUCAGAACAGCAAUCACAAGUAUCUCGUAGCUGAAAUCGAUACCGUGCUCGAUGAAAUCCCACGAAACGAUUCUAAGACGUAAGUAUUUGCACGCAGGUUGAAAAGGAUUUCUUCGACCUCGACUUACCUAGUGGAUAACGAGGAGGAGUUAUGUCAAGUCAGAAGUAACUCGUUCGAAAGUGCAAAUAUCGGUGUAGCCGAGAGCAGAAGUAGCAUGAAUCGAAUUCACAGGAGAAUCGAUAGAACGACGUCCAUCAGCACGUUCAACGGCGGCAGAAAAUAUUGGAACUGCAACGCUAAGCCGACGAGCUUUUACGUGCCCGAUAAUGCGGUCAUUCAAGAAGAAAGCGAGCUGAUCGGUGCACUGACGAAACAGUUGUGCGUAGUAGAGUCUCAGCUACAAAAAGUACAAUCGAAUCUGAAGAGGAACGAGGAUCAAUUGAAGUUGAAAGAUCAAGAGAUCGUUCGUUUGAAACGGAAGGUGAAGGAUUGGGAGAACAAGAACAAGAACCAAGAGACUCAGCGGAAGAAGGAACUGCAACAGAGACGAAUGCAAACGGAUCAUUCGGAGCAUCUUUACGAUCGGUGUCUGAUGCUGGAGCGCAAGAUAUACGAGAUGGAGAAAUUCCUGUCUGAUUAUGGUCUGAUCUGGGUGGGCGACACGAACAGCCCCAAGUGCCCCGAAGCGCCUCCCAAUAACCCCAUCGAGACUUGUUACGACCAGGUUAUUGCUAACAUCGAUCAGCUGAAUCUGGCCGCGGGCAAGGGCGAAGUUCACGUGCAGCAUAAUGAAAGAGGAAACGGGGCAACGUUCAAAGUGGAAGAUCACAGAACUCAGAUGUUCCUGAGUAACGUGGACUUUCCUGGACAAGGUUAUCGAUUGGGCAAGCAACCCCUGAUUGAUAACUCGGCGUUAUCCCCCAAAAGUCGCAGACCCAACUCCACUCUGCAAAAAACAACUCGUCGAUACCCCAUCCCCAUAGACAACGCCUCGAAUUUCGAUCUCUCUCAGCAUCUAAUGCCUCUGCCGAUCAGAUCUUUAAAAGCGAAAGGAUGCACGGAUGCUCCCCCAAUGGAGAUGUACGUUCUCCGUUCUCAGAUCUUAGCCUCGCACAACAACAUUUGUUCCAAGACCCACUUGCAGUCGCACAUAAACGCGGAACUCGGUUUGAGUACUCAGAAAGGAAAGCGAGACAUCACUACGAAAAAUGCUGAACAUGAUGUCCAUCUGCGAGAGUCCACUGUGAAGUCUAAGGGCGUGGUGAGAUUCCCAAGUUCUGGAAGGUGUUAUCACAGUUCUACUGAUAGGUCGUCGACUAGACUGUCACCUAGUCGACGCGAAACUGCAGAAGAUCGUUUCCGAAACAGAUCAAGAUCCUCCAGUCUCCCAAACGCCCGACUGACUGUCCCUUCCAAAACCCAGUCCAAAGCAAAACCACCAGACACCAAUGCGAACGUUCCUCCACCGCAAACACCACCCUCUCAAGCGAACAACGCAGCAGCGAAAAAGAAUCAACAACGUCCUCAGAAACCUGCCACUCCAGUCAGGAAGAAUGCUCCGCCAGUUCUGCAUCAGAUCAAUGAACCAACGGGUGCACGUGCCGAGUUGCGAUUAAAAGUGAGGUCCCUAAACGGUGGCACAGUUUACUUGGUCCAUCUAUCAGCGGACGAUCCCAUCGCUAGGUUGUAUCAGUUGUUGGACAAGGCUAUGGUCAGAACUGUUCCUCGAGGAUACAAAAUUGUUCUCAGCGGAUAUUCGCCAAAGAGAUUAGAACAACUGGGAACAACCCUGAGAGAGAUGGGCAUCACGAGAGAUAGCGUUCUGCAUUUAGUGAAUGUCUGAUCCGAUGCUGUCUGAUUU